AUUUUUUUUUUACUUCCAGUUUUUCCUUACAUAUACUCUUGGCCUACUGUCCAUCUUCCCAGUCUUCCUUUGAACUGUGACUCAACUUUCUCAAAAACCCCUUCUAUAAAUUCAACCAUCAUCCCGAGCUUCGACCUAGUUAUCCUCGAACGAUUCACUCUACUAUACGACAUACGGUGCAUGAACAUACAAGAUGUGCCCUACUCCUGACGUCCCGGCCUCCAAUGGCCACGCCAAUGGCACCAAUGGCCAUGCAAACGGCAAUGGCGCUGCCAACGGCACCAACAAGGCUGACCACCCCGGCUUCACUGCCAUUCCUACCAAGCAGAAGCACAGCAACCCGUACCAGCCGGUCGGCGACUUCCUCAGCAACGUUGACCGAUACAAGAUUAUCGAGUCCACCCUGAGAGAGGGCGAGCAGUUCGCCAACGCCUUUUUCGACACCGAGACCAAGAUCAAGAUCGCCAAGGCCCUCGACGACUUUGGUGUCGACUACAUCGAACUUACCUCGCCUGCUGCCUCUGAGCAGUCCCGCAAGGAUUGCGAGGCCAUCUGCAAGCUCGGCCUCAAGUCCAAGAUCCUGACUCACGUCCGCUGCCACAUGGACGAUGCCCGCCUCGCCGUCGAGACCGGUGUUGACGGUGUUGAUGUCGUCAUUGGCACCUCUUCAUACCUCCGCGAGCACUCCCACGGCAAGGACAUGACCUACAUCAUCAACACCGCCAUCGAGGUUAUCCAGUUCGUCAAGUCCAAGGGCCUCGAGAUCCGUUUCUCGUCCGAGGACUCCUUCCGUUCCGACCUCGUCGACCUUCUCUCCGUCUACAGCGCCGUCGACAAGGUUGGUGUUCACAGAGUUGGUAUUGCCGACACCGUCGGCUGCGCCAGCCCCAGACAAGUAUACGACCUUGUCCGCACCCUGAGAGGUGUCGUCAGCUGCGAUAUCGAGACUCACUUCCACAACGAUACUGGAUGCGCCAUUGCCAACGCCUACUGCGCGCUCGAGGCCGGUGCCACCCACAGUGAGUUCAAUAAUUGACGGCUUCGUACUGCGCACACACUGACAUUCUACUUCAAGUUGACACCUCCGUCAUCGGUAUC